AUGCCACGAGAUGAUCCGAUCACUGAAGAAGAAAGAAGAGCUAAUUCGGCAACAGAUUUGAUGAGAAUGAGAUUAGAACGAUUGCAACAAAAUAUUGUAAGUUCGCAUAUUUUCUCAAUUUCAAUGAACUUUUUGUUUUUUCAGCAUAAACCAGCACCAAUUCCUACUAAAAAGGAGACUUUACGAGCUCCAAAAGCUCCUUUAGAAUUUGUCAGAAAUGUAGUUGGUUCGUCAGCAGCUGCAGGAAGUGCAGAAUUUCACAUUUAUCGAAACAAUCGGCGAAAAGAGCAGAAUCGAUUGGAUUAUAUUGAAGAAGUUGCAAGAAGAGAAGAAAUGGAUGAACAAUUCAAGAAUAAAAUAAAUGGAAUUCAAAAGCAGGAAGAAGAAAAAACAGCGAAGAAAAGAGCGAAAAGAUUAAGACAAAAAGAAGCAAAAAGAAGAAAGAAGAUGAAUAAAAAUGAGGAAAGUGAUAGUGAUGAAGAAGACAGUGAUGAAAGUAAGUUUUUUUCAAAAGUGUAGUUUAUAAAUAAUAAUGAAAAUUAUUGUAGGUGAAGAAAGUGAAGAAGAAUCUGAAAAAGCGGAAGAGGAAGAAGCCAAGAAGGAAUAA